CAGUUCCGGUUAUUCCGCACUUUCCCUCCGUGCAGUUCACUUCGAAAAGUGCCGAAGUGCGACAUAAUGGAUUCCGAUCAGGAGCUCUGCAAACAGUCUCCGUGCUUUCAACUCACCCUCGAGCCCUCACCUGAUGCGACAGCGUUGGCCCGAGCCUACUACAGGCGAGGGUCAGCUGUGUCGUAUGAGAUAAAGAGGCCUGAGACGGUGAGGGAGGAGGCGAAGGCUCGUGUCCUCCUGGCCGGAGGAGACCCUGAGUGCUGGCGGCUGGUGCUCAGUGAGAGUGAGCUCCAGUUUGGCCAGUACCAGGGUCAGACCUUCAAGUGGCUGCUCAGCCACGAUGUGGGCCACGCCUGUGGUGUAUUGAUGUCCCACCAGAAGGAGAGGGAAGCCGGGGACACCUCCCAGUCGCCUCUGGCCGUCAACAAAGAUGCCCUCGCCUCCUAUGCCCAACUGUUCCCAGAGCUCACGCAGGUGAUACAGUGGCGUAGGAUGUGCGAGGGGACUUUGUCCGUGAGAGGCAAGGACCAGACGCUGGUGGGGUUCGGAGUGUUCGCCGAUCUGACAUUCCAAGACCUAUACGAGUCGACCAGCAGUGAUUGUCGUAUCUACCUGAAGUGGCUGAAGAGUCAGAAUGUCAAGGGGGGGACCCUGAUCCACACACUGCAGGUGUACGUGCUCGGCCGGGACAACGAGGUGCCAGCAGCCGGACCAUCGACUGCUCUUCCGGCUCAGCAGAUAGCUCCACAGCCUCCAUCGAGCGCCGCAUCUGCUGGUCCUUCUUCAGAAGUGUCGGAUGACUUGCUCCUCGCUGCCACGGUGGAGGUCAACACUCAGCUCUCCGUGGCUCGACCCCCCGUGCCUGCUGUCCACCCUGCAGACGAUGGACCAGGUCUGCCCCACACUCCACCGCUGUCCACUGGCGCACAGCUGCUGCCUGAGGGCUGGAGGCAGACGCUGCCAGAGGAACAGCAGGACUGGGUGGGCCAGGCUCUUUUCACCAGGGGCACGGACAAGCAGCCCGUCCUCACCAGUGAGCUGCGCCUCUGGUGGGUCCCCCCGGGAGCCUGGCCCCUCUACACGGAGACCCCCUCUGCCCAUGUCUUCUUCCAGUGCAGGUUCUUCCUGUGGGCGCCCUACCAGAUGUGGGCAUGCAGGCUCACGUGCCCCAACUGUGGGUGCAAACUGACCGGCGCUGGUCUUUACAAGACUGUCCGGAGGGUCCUGGAUCUUGACAGCUGGUACUUCAUGGGCACGGAGUGCCUGGAAUGCGGGUCUUGCAAGAGGAAGUAUGCGGCGUGGGCGCAGGACAUCUUAGAACAGCUGGACAUGGCACACAAGCAGCUUUUUCCAGCUGUUCUCACGUACAAGUGGUCUUGCGACAAGAUGGUGAUUGGGAUGUUGAAAUGGCGCACUUUGUCUAGCCUCCACGACACUCUGGAGGGUCAGCACACCGAAGAGUGGAUGCUGCGGUCGGUGAAGUACCUUUCCGUGCUCGACGAGCUUCAAGUACCGGGUGUGGCUCAGCAGCAGGUGUCUUUACCACCCAUGCACCCGGUACCCAGCGUGCCCUCUCUGAUUUCACUUUAUGUGAGGAAGGGCCUCAAUCAACUGGAGGAGACUAAAGCCAGGGCCACGUCCAUCUUCGGAGACAUCCUAAAGAUGGACUCCACCAAGAAGAUGACGAAGCUUGCGGGAGAUGCUGCCUGGUUCACUAACGUGGGCAACGAGCACAGGCAGGUGCUCAUGUCAGUUCUCACUGACUCGGAGGGGGACGGACUGUUGCCCAUGGCGACUGGACUUGUGCAGCGUUACAGAGACGCCGGAAAGGCCCCUCCUCGGGUGUUGUACGUGACUCGGGACUGCUGUGCCACCGUUGGACAGUCCAAGGUCGCAGCCAUGUUCGGCGAGUGGCAGCAGCUGGUGGUGCGGCUGGACGUUUGGCACCUCAUGCAGCGCUUCACAAGGGGCUUCACCGCCGACAGCCACCAGCUGUACGGCCUCUUCAUGACGCGUCUGUCGAUUGCCAUCUUUGAGUGGGACAGCAGCGACCUGCACCGCCUGGAGGAGGCCAAGCAAUCUGAGGAGGGGAGAGACGCCCACGUCCAGCUCACGUCCAAGGAGCUCUCCUCCCACUGCCGCCGCCGCACAAGGGGUGCGCUGGAGACAGAGCGGCUCAUUCAGGAAGUGCUGGACUCCUUCUGGGUGGCGACGGACGCUAUGGGCAUCCCCCUCAUCGACCGUGCCAAGAUGGAGGAGGUUUGGAGCACGCAGCGCCGCCAUCUCCAGUGCAUCCAGGACCCACCAGGAGUGGAGCUGUAUGCGAAGACAGGAGAGGUGACCAUGGGGGGUGUCAUGCUCCCUGUCUACCGCUGUGCCCGUGGCACCACCUCCCUGGAGUCAUUCCACCGCCACAUGUGCAGGUUCCUUCCAUGCACGUUUGCCAACGCCCUGAACUUCCAGGUGUACCUGCUGGAGGGCCUGGUGAGGUGGAAUGAAAACUGCGCCAGAGCAGCACUGAAGGAUAACCCAAAGACGCUGCUGUGUGGCAACAGUACCCAGCUGCAGAACGACAUCAUCCAGCUCAGCCAAGAGGUCUUUGGUCUGACGCUGAUUGAGAAUUACACCCAGCUUAGCAAGUACACAGGGGAGCUCAUUGGGUUGGAGUACCUGUACUCCCAGAGAGGUGCCGUGCUGCCGAAAGACGUGGGCCGGGAUCCCGAUGCUUCGAAUGGGACAGACAGUCUUGAAGAGGAGUUGGAAGAUGAGGAGCAGCUGGAUGAGGGGUGCAUGGAGGACAUGCAUGGGAUUAAACUUUUAACAAAUCUAAGUCCGCUCCGCCCAGCACAGCCUGUCCCUCAGCCUGCCGCCGUUCCCACACAGCCUCAGCCGCCUCUCACUGUCCCUCUCCCUGAGGAGGCCUCUGGUCAGGCUGCCACACACAAAGGGCCCCUGGCGCAAACCUUGUAUAUCAUCGUCACCCAGGCUCCUGCAGCCUCCUCCUCCACAAAAACUGCCUCUGCCGUCACCUACGCCCCUGUCGUCACCUACGCCCCUGUCGUCGCCUACGCCCCUGUCGUCAACUACGCCCCUGUCGUCCCCUCCGUCCCUGCCUCCACCUCUACCCCUGCCCCUGCCCCUGCCCCUGCCUCUGCCCUGCCUCUGCCUCUGCCCCUGCCUCCGCCCCUGCCCCUGCCGUGCCUCGAUCUACUGCCUGGCAGAGGAAGGUUCGAGAGGAACAGCUACAGCAGGCCCGGGAGAAAGGUUUUUACAUUAAGAGCAGGAAAAGAUGUCAACAUUUCCUCUGUAAGCGCUGUGGCCAGCCAAAGACUAAACAAUAUGGCCAUAGUCGCUACAGAGCAGAGCACUUCUGCUCCCGGGCUGAGGGCCGCUCGGUGGAGGACUGGCUGGCAGAGAAGAAAGACAAGGACGUCAAACAGACACAGACUAAAACUGCCCAGGCUGCCACCCCUCAGCGUGCCCAACAACCUGUCCUGCCGCCUGCUCCUCAGUCCCCCAGGCAGACAGAGAGCCAGCAGGGACAGAAGUAGAUCUAGGAGAAAGGUCCGAAGAGGCCCAUGUAAAUUUGUUAAUGGAGUGGAGACCACGUAUAGUUAUCAAAAUGCUUUCUGUAAAUAAUUUGUGUAUAAAUGUUUAGUGUUGACCGCUGAGUUUUGCUUGUUUACAAUAAAACCAGGCCAUCUGGGCCAAAUAGUGA